CCUUCCUGUUAGUUCGAGCUGGGAGAAGUUCACUCUGAUCAGCUGAUCUUAACUGACAACAGGAGAGGUGGAAACCCGGGAGGCAACGCAGGAGGAGGGGGCUGGAGAUGGAGAUGAGGAUGAAUCCACCGGUGUCCUGAGGAACAGCCCCCGCCCUCACCGGCGCCCCGCGGCUCCGCGACACCGCCCCGCCGCGGCCGAGCUGUUUCGUGGUAUCUCCUGGUCUCCUGAAAUAUUAACUUGAGGUUAGAUUAUAUUGAAAACCUCCUGACCACUCUCUUUCAACACCAAAACCCAAACCCUGUGGCUGAGGCUCAACCAAAGAGCCCACCUCAGUGAACCCAUCAAACCUCUCUCAGAUAGCCAUAAAAGACCCUUUCAAGUUAAUUUUGACUAUGCAUUUGCCUGUACUUUAUGGAGGAUGAAAUCAUCAGAACAAAUCAACAUUGCUGCUGAUACAAGACUGUUGGAGGCAGAAAAUUAAAAUUUCGAACAUUUAUGAGUGUGUGAAGCAUUAUAAUAGGACACCAAAGUGUUUUUAAAAGGUGUUCAGAACGCUGUGGAAGUUUCUGGGUGGUCUUUAGACUCAAAGCCUUUGUCUCCACUCCUGGGGAGCCGCUCAGUGACUGUUGCAUGGUGAUUGUGUUUCCUUCCCAAACUGAGCAUGAGUGCCCAGGCUUCCCCAGUGGAGAAGGGCCUGAAUCCAGGGCUGAUGUGCCAGGAGAGUUAUGCCUGCAGCGGGUCAGACGAAGCUGUCUUUGAGUGUGAUGAGUGCUGCAGUCUCCAGUGUCUCCGCUGCGAGGAGGAGCUCCAUCGGCAGGAGCGCCUGAGAGAGCAUGAGCGGAUAAGGCUCAAACCUGGCCACAUCCCUUACUGUGACCCCUGCAAAGGCCCCAGUGGACAUUCACCUGGUGUUAGGCAGAGGGCAGCCAUGAGGUGCCAGACCUGCAAAAUCAAUUUGUGCCUGGAGUGCCAGAAGAGGAUUCAUUCUGGGGGUUACAAAAGGAGACACCCUGUGACUGUGUAUCAUGUCACUAAGGUCCAGGAGUCACUGGAGGAAGAAGAGAUGGAUGAGGAGACCAAGAGGAAGAAGAUGACUGAGAAGGUUGUCAGUUUCCUCCUAGUGGAUGAAAAUGAAGAAAUUCAGGUAACAAAUGAAGAGGACUUUAUUAGGAAAUUGGACUGCAGACCUGAUCAGCAUCUGAAGGUGGUUUCCAUUUUUGGAAAUACUGGUGAUGGAAAGUCUCAUACCCUCAACCACACUUUCUUUUAUGGUCGUGAAGUCUUCAAAACUUCCCCUGCCCAGGAGUCCUGUACUGUGGGAGUAUGGGCUGCCUAUGACCCAGUCCACAAAGUAGCAGUGAUAGACACAGAAGGCCUUUUAGGGGCUACGGUGAAUAUAAGCCAGAGAACACGGCUACUACUUAAGGUCCUGGCCAUCUCAGACCUGGUCAUCUAUCGAACUCAUGCAGACCGACUGCAUAAUGACCUCUUCAAGUUCCUUGGGGACGCUUCAGAAGCUUAUCUGAAGCACUUCACCAAGGAGCUCAAGGCUACCACUGCCCGCUGUGGCCUGGAUGUCCCAUUAUCCACCUUGGGCCCUGCUGUAAUUAUUUUCCAUGAGACUGUACAUACACAGCUGCUGGGCUCUGAUCACCCCUCAGAGGUGCCGGAGAAGCUCAUCCAGGACCGGUUUCGGAAGCUGGGUCGCUUCCCUGAAGCCUUUAGUUCCAUUCACUACAAGGGAACGAGAACUUACAACCCUCCCACAGAUUUCUCUGGGCUCCGGCGUGCUUUGGAACAGCAAUUAGAGAACAACACCACCCGUUCUCCCCGGCACCCGGGGGUCAUCUUCAAAGCCCUGAAGGCCCUGAGCGACCGCUUCAGUGGUGAGAUCCCUGAUGACCAGAUGGCACACAGCUCCUUUUUUCCAGAUGAGUACUUCACCUGCUCCUCCUUGUGCCUCAGCUGUGGGGCUGGAUGUAAGAACAGCAUGAAUCAUGGGAAAGAAGGAGUGCCACAUGAAGCCAAGAGCCGCUGCAGAUACACCCACCAGUAUGACAACCGAGUUUACACCUGCAAGGCCUGCUAUGAGAGAGGCAAGGAAGUCAGCGUAGUGCCCAAAACAUCUGCUUCCACUGACUCCCCCUGGAUGGGUCUUGCAAAAUAUGCCUGGUCUGGGUAUGUAAUCGAAUGUCCUAACUGUGGCGUGGUCUAUCGCAGCCGGCAGUACUGGUUUGGGAACCAAGAUCCUGUGGAUACGGUGGUGCGGACUGAGAUUGUGCAUGUGUGGCCUGGAACCGAUGGAUUCCUGAAGGACAACAACAAUGCUGCCCAGCGCCUGUUGGACGGGAUGAACUUCAUGGCUCAGUCGGUGUCUGAGCUUAGCCUUGGGCCCACCAAGGCUGUGACUUCCUGGCUGACAGAUCAGAUCGCCCCUGCGUACUGGAGGCCCAACUCUCAGAUUUUGAGCUGCAACAAGUGUGCGACAUCCUUUAAAGAUAACGACACCAAACAUCACUGCCGGGCCUGUGGGGAGGGCUUCUGUGACAGCUGUUCAUCCAAGACCCGGCCAGUGCCCGAGCGGGGCUGGGGCCCUGCGCCUGUGCGGGUGUGUGACAACUGCUACGAAGCCAGGAAUGUCCAGUUAGAUGUUGCUGAGGCACAGGCGGAUGAGGAAGGUGGAACACUGAUUGCUCGGAAGGUGGGCGAGGCUGUGCAGAACACUCUGGGAGCUGUGGUGACAGCCAUCGACAUACCCCUAGGUCUGGUGAAGGACGCGGCCAGGCCGGCGUACUGGGUGCCGGACCAUGAGAUCCUGCACUGCCACAACUGCCGGAAGGAGUUCAGCAUCAAGCUUUCCAAGCACCACUGCCGGGCCUGCGGGCAGGGCUUCUGUGAUGAGUGCUCCCAUGACCGCCGGGCCGUCCCGUCUCGGGGCUGGGACCAUCCUGUCCGAGUCUGCUUUAACUGCAAUAAAAAGCCUGGUGACCUUUAGCCCCAGCUCCCUCUCCAAGUCCUUCACAAUUCCGUAGGUUCUCAGGGUUAGAAACAGAAAUCUCGUUGGGGUAGCCCUCCUCCUGAUCACCUUUUGUGGUGUGUGACCUCUCCUCUGCUCAUCCUGAGGCCACUUUCCCUGGUGGUGGCUGGGGCAGAUGACAAACCAGUGGAGCCUGGCAGCAGGCCCAAAGGUGUGAACCCCUCGGGGCAGGGGACCGAGCAGCUCAUAGCAAAAGGAAAGGAACCGGAAUCUGUUGCAUUUAUUACAGUUAAAAAUAAUAAAUAUAAAUAUAUAUAUGCCCAUAUAUACAUAUGAAAGGAACUUGGUGUGUAUUCAAGCUGCUGCUGGCUGCAAAGACUUAUGACAGUCUGUCCCCAGCUUGGGUGUAAGGUGGCAGUGGCGGCAGGUCUUCCCUGGCAAAGCCGAGCCAGUCAAAGCCACUGCAUCGCUAGUAACUUUUGCUCCUUCUCCCUGAGCCUUCCAAGCCUCUGCGUUCCUUGCCUUUCCCCCCUAGGCUGAGCUUCCCAGGUGCUUCCUGCUUGGAACAGCCUGAAGGGAAUUGUGUUUGGGCCCUCAGGGGAAUUGAAUCCCAAUUCUUAGCAGAAGCCUGUUUCAGUCAGAGAUCACCCAGCUUGGCGUGCAGGUCACCAGAGUGGGUGGAGGUUGAGGGGUAGGGUUGUCAGCCCUGAGAAAUCAAAAUGCAGGUGACGUGAUACCCCCUAUACCUGGAAGAGCACAGAAGGAAAUGGGCCUUCGCCGGCGUGUUUCCUGCUUGUUGUUGCUUCUGUCUGUGUCACUGCUAGGCUUUCCUAAAAGGUGGGCACCCUGCUCCUAAAUCAGAGCACCUGCUGCCUACCCCCUCUCCAGCCCCUCCAGCCCACAGUCUGCUUUUGAGUGUCACACUAGGAUUUUUAUUGCUUAUUUUAAAGUGUCUCAAUUCUUUGUUCCCAGACCCAAGACCCUCUAACUUUUGGAGGGGUGAUCAUGAGAAAUCUUCCAGGGAAACAGAGCUCAGAAUGGACUCUUAGUUUUGUUUUGGGUGAUCAUGAGAAAUCUUCCAGGGAAACAGAGCUCAGAAUGGACUCUUAGUUUUGUUUUGUUUUGUUUUUUAAAGUGCAUAUAAAUAUUUCAACAGAUCAUAAAGAAAAAAUUCUAUCUCUUCAGUCCUUGCAAGAGAAGUCAAAGGCACUUUUGGUUCUCAUCAAGAGCUUGGACAUCCGUUUCUAUUGUGACUGGAAAGAGACUGUUGUGCCGAAAUCCUAUUGUGUGGAUUUUAUCUUCAGUGGCCCAAAAGGAAGAAUCAAAAACAACACAGUUGUUGAUGGAACUGGGUGGGUGGGUUGAGCUUCAGGGAGGCAUGUGGCAGUCGUCCCGGCAUGAGUGUCAGUGGGAUGUGAGCCCUGGAGUGUGUUGAUCCUUCUCGACCUGCUCCCCUACUGCCUCCCGUGGCCCAGUGGCUGAGGCUCCACUUUCGAACUGUGUAAUAUCAAAUUCACCCUUAUAAAGGAAUCUUCCUGCUGAGCAUGGACUUUGCUGAUUCUUUCCUUGGCCUC